AUGGAAAUCGUAACACCUCAGGCUGCCACAGAUGAUGACAUCAAACAGGUGGCAUCAUUUAGAAGCAGAGGAAAAUUACCUGUUUUAUCUUGGAUUCACCCAGAAAGUAAAGCUACAAUAACCAGAUCAAGUCAGCCUCUGGUUGGUGUUGCUAACAGAAGGAACAAAGAUGACGAGGCCUAUAUACAGAUGAUAUUGGACGCUAAUGUUCACUCUAACAAGAUUUAUAUCAUGGAUGCAAGACCAUCUUUUAAGGCACUUGGUAAUAUUGUAAAAGGUGGUGGUUUUGAAAAAGAAGAAUGUUACCAGAAUGCAGAAAUUCUAUUUUUAGAUAUACAGAACAUACAUGUUGUUAGCGAUAGUUUAAUAAAAUUAUGUGAUGUGGUAUUCCCGACUAUAAACGAUGCUCAUUGGUUGUCUGAUAUAGAGUCAACACAUUGGCUUGAUCAUAUAAAGCAAGUACUAGCAGGUGCUUUGAGAGUUGCAGAUAAAGUUGAAUGUCAGAAGACCUCAGUAUUAGUUCAUUGUAGUGAUGGGUGGGACAGAACAUCUCAGUUGACCUGUUUAGCCAUGUUGAUGUUGGAUCCUUUCUACAGAACAAUCAGAGGAUUUGAAGUUCUUAUAGAAAAAGAGUGGUUGAGUUUUGGUCAUAAGUUUGCACAGAGAUAUGGGCAUGGUGAAGAUAACUAUUCAGAUAGAGACAGAUCUCCAAUAUUUGUCCAAUUUAUAGAUUGUAUUUGGCAGAUGACUAAACAGUUUCCCAAUGCCUUUGAGUUUAAUGAGCACAUGUUGAUCACCAUAUUGGACCAUUUAUACAGCUGUUUAUUUGGAACCUUUCUGUGUAACUGUGAACAGGCCAGGAUGACAGAGAAAGUUAUGGAAAAAACUGUGUCAUUAUGGUCGUUUGUGAACUGUCAGCUUGAGGAUUUUACCAACCCAUUGUAUGCCUCUUAUCUACACAAACAUGUACUGUUCCCUGUAGCUAGUAUGAGGAGGAUAGAGCUGUGGACAGCAUACUACUGUCGAUGGAAUCCUAGAAUUAGGCAUCAGGAAAGGAUUCAUCUGCCGUAGAUAGUGACUGAGAUUGAAGCAUCAUAUGUGACAACUCACCAAAAAGAUAGAGGAGUAACAAAAGGAAUUUCAACAGAAAAAUCUGAGUGGGCUUAGUCAAAACAACCAAGUUCAAGACCCAUUCCCAGAAUAUAGCAAAUAAAGCUGAUGAUUAAACAUUAUAUUUUCUGGUGAAAAUUGUUAUUUUGUCAAUAAAUCAGGCUGUUCAUUUUCUCAUUUGAUCUCAUGAAUUGUUUUGGUUUGUCAUUUUUAUGUUUAUUACAGCUGUAUUUGGGUAUGAAAUUUGUUCAUUGUUGAAGGUUGUUCAGUGAACUAUAGUUACUAACUUCUACAACAUUUGGUUUCUGGACGAAAGACGUCUGAUUAGGCAGCAAUUAUUCGAUUUUCAGGUGGUGGGGGCUAUGGAUUUCCCCCCCGUCCAACCUUCAGCGAAAACCAAUCUAAUUUUUGGCGACAUGUCGAAAACACUUUUUUUCUUUAAAUUUAAGCAUUACAUAUAGUGGCAGCUGAGGGUAAAUCAAAAUUUUUUU